GUCUUCUACGCUUCCCUGGCUUUGUUAUAGAACCCUGUCUCUGACUCUUUGGUUUCUCCAAAUAACCUGAUAUCAUUCACUUUUCAUUUCGUAUGUCUCUCCAACGAUUUUGGUUGUAAGUGUGGAUCUGUUUCUGUCACAAGAUGGGUUCGAGAAAGAAGGGUUUUGAUGAUUGUGGAGAUAAAAUCAGCGAUUUACCAGACGAAAUUCUUUGUCACAUCUUAACCUUUCUUCCAACAAAAGAAGCUGCUUCAACUACUGCUCUAGCAAAAAGGUGGAAGCUUUUGCUUAAGUUUGUACCCAAUCUUGAUUUUGAUGACUCCAUCUAUUUCCAUCCUCGACGAAGUAAGGAUUCUCUAAGUUUUAUGAAUUUUGUGAAUGGUGUAUUGGCUUUGCAAGAAAAUGCUGCGUUGAAAAGAUUCCACCUCAAGUGUGGAGAUGAUGUCGACGAGUCUCGGGUGUUGGAUUGGAUACCCAAAGUGUUGAAACGUGGUGUGUUAGAUAUUGAUCUACACCUCUAUUCGUCUCGGAAUUGUGCCUACUCUUUAAAUAUUCUGCCUUCUGAGAUCUUUGUGAGCAAGACAUUGGUUAGGCUGAAUAUACAGUUUAGGAGUGGCGUCAGCAUUGAGGUGGACGGUGAUGUUUCUCUUCCGAAGCUUAAGACCCUCCAUCUUGACUGUUUUCGGAUCGAUACACGUAUGUUUAACAAUCUGCUUUCUGGAUGCCGCGCUCUCGAAGAAUUAGUGCUGGUUAAUUUGAUGUGGGACGAGCGUGUGGAACCUAAACCUUACUUCGCGACCGUGUCUAUCCCAACCCUCAAGACACUAGUGUAUUCUCGUUUUGAUGAGACUAAAUUUUUUGAUGAGGGUGAUGAUUUUAACCAGUUUGUGUCAUUGUUAUUUGACAACCCAAAUCUGGUCUACCUCAAGUACUCGGAUACUAUCGCGGAUAGGUAUCAACAAGUGAGUUUUAACUCGCUCGUUGAAGCUAAACUCAAACUUAGAAGGACAUCUGGCGAUAUUGCAAAGGACAAGAUUAAUGUCACAAGGCUUCUCACGGGAAUAUGCAAUGUCAAAAUUCUCUACUUGUCUUAUGCCACCCUCAAGGUACUUGGUCUCUGCCCUGUAACAAUGCCGGUAUUCGAGAACCUGAUUCAGUUAACUAUUAAGACUGCACUAGAUGUAGGAUGGGAACCAUUGCUACCUCUACUCAACAAUUCUCCAAAUCUACAAACCCUUGUCUUCGAGGGACUGCAUCACAAAUAUGCAGUUAAAUGUUGGGACGGGGAAGAUUGUGACUGCGAAUAUCAAGAUGAACCAUGGGUGGAAGAGGUUGUUGAUACUUGUCUAUCAUCAAGCCCUGUGAAGGUUAUAAAGAUAUUUAACUUUGGUGAAAUUUGUUAUCGGGAAGAAGACAUAAAGGACCAGAUAAAGCAGGUCAUGCAAUUCCUAAAGACAAUGCCGGAACUCGAACAAGUGAUAUUGUACUACGAUACACCAGAAGAUGAAGAUUUGAUGAAACUAUACAAGGGCCUUCACGAGCUUCCUACUGUGGCAUCAGCCAAUUGUGAGGUCCGGCUAAUCUUCCCCAACUUAUCAACUACUAUCUCCAUUAGAAAGGGUAAUCUUCUUUAGGAGUAUCCUUUUAUGGUUUCUUAGCCAUGGACAUGUUUCAGGCAAUCAGGCUACAAGUUUGCAUAGCUGCUGAAAAAACUCUAAAACUCUGCUGUUUCUGCCGUGUGCUUCUUUCUUUUUCUUUAUUGGCUUUGUAUUCCCAUUUUUAAAGACUCGUCGUGUUAUUGCUUUCUCCUUUUUGUCGACUGAGAAUGUUUGAUAUC